AACAAAUCCACAUAUUUGGCCGCCUGUCCGCCAAGGAGCUUUGCUGGUCAUGAGAGGGGCUGAGCUGGGUUUAGUGUGCGUUGUUCGGGUUGUGUUUCUGCAUUAUUACACUGGUAGUUAAGGGUGGGGAUGUGCAGAUCCAAUGCGUCGGUUCUGGACGUAGCUAUUGCAUCUGGGUGACAAUGCAUAACUCCCCUCUUUUCCAGUACCUGCACGAUCUAGGGCACACAGACUUUGAGGCAUGCCCAACGGCGUCACAGGAGGAGGACUAUGGCGGGCUCACUUCUCCCGACGAAGAUCCACGGAAAACUUCAGGAGGACGCUUCUGGAGACUGGCUGAAGCCUUGUGGAGAUGGAGUCCGAUUCACCAGGCGGCUGCGUCCCGUAAGCUGGGGCAGCAGCUGGACUGUGUGUUCGGCCAGUACUCGGUGAAGUGCAUUUUAGACCAGGACGUGCUGCUGCAGGAGGACGUGGAGCUGAUCGAGCUGCUGGACCCCAGUCUGCUCACCCUCGACUCGUCGCCCUCUGGCUCGUGCAGCCGAGCGAGCGCCCUGCCCAGACCCAGCCUCAUAGCCAAGCCCUCCCUAUGGGACAUGGCGGGUUUAAUCGGCCUGACCGCUGUGCUGCUGGGUCUCUGCUCUGCAUCCGACGGCCUGUGGUCGCUGGCUGCGGCCCCGUGGGGCCUGGUGAUGCUGGGCUGGGUGGGGCUGCGGGGGAUCAUGCUGUGGAGACGGGGCCGCAUGCAGAGAGCCGUCCACACGCGAGCCACGCAGCUCCAGGCUCUGGUCCACAACAGCAAGACUCUGACCGGACUGUCUCGCAAAGCCCUGCGAUUGGUGCAGGAGACGGAGGUCAUCUCUCGAGGGUUCACCCUUUUGCUCGACAGGGUGAGUGCGGCCAGCUCCUUUAGCAGGGCGGGGCCGGGGGCGAUGCCACGAGGCCAGCAGCUGAUCGGACUGAGGAAGACGCUGUACCGGGCCCUCCGCUCAGCCUUCAGAGCCUCACGUAGAGCCACCUGUCACAUGCUCAAGGCGUUCCCUCUGAACUCUGAGAUCGAUAAUGUGACCAACUACGUGUCUGCGGUGCCUCUGAAGGAGCUGGGGCUCGGCCUGGGGAUUGAGCACCUGGGUGAUGAGCAGGCUCAGGAGCUGACGGAUGACUACAGCCUGCCUGCGCUGAAGAUGCUGUUCCAGCUGUGGGUGGGACAAAGCUCUGAAUGUUUCCGGCGACUGGCUCUCCUGCUGUCGCCCCGAAGAAUAGAAGAGCCAGAAGAGGGAGCACCCAAAGGGGACACUUCCUCUCCUCCUCCUCCUCCUCCCCCGCUGCUGCACAGGUCCAUCGCCGCAGUGACCGAGCCCCUCAGUCACGCUCUGGCCAGCUGCCUCGGAGAAGUGCAGCGCAGCUACGACUUCCAUCGACACUUUGAGACCCAGCUGAGGACGACGGGCUCCGACAGGACGGGGAGAGUCAGGGAGAAAUGCCGAGAGCUCAACACCCUGCACACUUCUAUCCGAAGCCUGCAGCUGCACCUCAAAGCCCUGCUCAGCGAGAUGAUCAUACUGGAGGACGACCUGGAGAAACUGAUGGUGUCCAAGGAGCCGACGGAGUUGACGUUCGAAGGAUACCAAGACCUCAGCGACCGGCUGCACCAGCUGCACCCUCACAUGCAGGCCAGCACCGGCUGCUGGGAGGACACCAUCACCCAGGUGGAGCGCAUGAUGAGACGGGCCAACGCCUGUCCAGGUAAUAAUGAGUGUCCGGAGCAGUGUGGUACCCCCGAACCCGAGAUUCCAGCUUCUCCUCCAUCCUACCCGUUGAUCCUGGACAGAGACCCUGUCCCAGAAGAGCUGGAGUGGGAGGCCUACGUGUCCGACUCCGACUCCGACGGUGAAGGCCGAGGGUCUUGGUCUGACAUGUUGUCACCGGAGGAACGGGAGCGGCAGCGCCGGGAGAGGGAGGAGUCCCGUCGCGUCCUGUCAGAGCUCAAAGCUGUCCUGGGCUUCCGCGCGUCAGAGGGGGAGAGGAUGAAGAGGAAGCAGCUGCUCUUCAACGACCAAGCUGCUGUGACGCCUUCAGCUCACAGUGAGAGUUCAGAUCCCGUCACAAAGCUGUGUGACGCUCCGACUUCUCUGGGAUCAGUAGAAACUGGCGAUGAAGAAGGAAACCACCUUUCAGAGUGCCCUGCAGGAAGCGAAGGGGAGGAAGAGGAAGGAAGAGAUGGCAGGGCGAGGCCUGACCCCUCCACAGAGGCGGCGAUGGAGUUCAGCUGCGGUUUGGAGGCAAAGGAAGGGGAGUUGGGAGGAGCUUCGGUCUGCACAAGAGGAGGGGGAGGAGCGUCCGAGCUGCACCAAUACGACGGCGUCCUGGCGGAAGGGGACACCGAGAACGGUCUGGACUGCUUCCUGGUCCCUAAAGUCCCUGCUGUCUCUGUAAUGGACAGACUGACGGAGAUCCACGGCUCGGAGGCCCUCAGCUUCAGCUCCGCCCUCGCCUCUCAGGUGGCGGCUCGCUCACAAUCACUCAUCAAAAUGGAGGAGCAGACGUUCGGAGACGACGAGGAGGAGGAGGAGGAGGAGGAGGAGGAGAGCGACAGACGAAUGCCCGAGAAGGACUGAAAUGAAACCCCGCUGCUUUAACCGAGCACUGAGCAGAGACUGUAUUUAUGUGUGAUUGUCUGGGUGUCUUUUAUCGAUGGGUCUGUGUUACAUCUAAACUGUCUUUUGGUGUGGAGGUACCUCAAAAAUUUUACGCCACUCUCUAUUACCCAUCCGUCCACGUUACUGUACAUUACCCACGAUUCUUACUGCUCUUUUGCUGUUAAAACUCAGGUACCAGAACCACUAAAAACAAACCACGACCUUACAGUGUUAAGGUCAGAAGAUGAGAAUGUCUACAGAUUACUUGGUUACAUCCACAUAGUGUAUAUUGGUCACAAUCAGUAGAAACAAAGGCUGCGAGAAACGUGACGGGCGCCACGCGUAAGAACACGUGUAACGAUGUGAUAUAGGAUUGUUUGAGACGAUUUUUGUAUUGCGGUUUUCUCAUAAAGUCGCUGUAAACAAACCGCUCCAGUCUGAGUUACCGUGAGGAAGUUUUGGGCUGGAAGGAGGCUGAGUAUUAUUCUGAGAUACAGUCGUAGUCCUGUGUUCAGACAGAACGUAAAGACGUAUGCGAUCAGACACGCAGUCGCCCGGGGAAUCAAAGCGAAAACCUGUCCACGUGAUUUUAAAAUGCGGAAUCUUAAACCAGAAAGUCAAGCUUCUCCCGAGGCUUUAUGAAACAUACAGAGAUUAGAGGAAAGUGGAGAGAGAGCGAACCGCUGUAACACUACAUUUAUUUCACCUAAAUAAGCAAACAAAACCAUGAGCGGGAAUAUUGGCUUUACGCCUGCUAUCAGGUCGGAUUCCCCUUGAAAUCAAUGAAAAGAGACGAUGGAAACACUACCGCUGUUGUCCACAGAGACCGCCAGAAUCGACACAGAAUGAAACUAGUAAAAGUAACUAGACUACAUAGUAUAAAGUCAAAAGUCCUGCAUUCAGUAUCCAACAGAACCGAAUUAUUGCCAGAGAAAUGUCGUGACGGCAAUACAAGUGCUUGUUACGCAUAAUAAUUCAUUUCAGGACAUGUUUUUAAAUAAAUGUAAAAGAUUUUUCAGGAUUUCAGAGACUCAAAAUUGUACUUUAACUUCAGUACUCGAAUGUACUUUCUACUUUCCGCCACUGCAGUUGGUGCGUUGGAUGUUUUGGGUCGAGUAAACGACCCGAUCCGGCGAAUUUGCAAGCCGAAACUUUUCGCUUCUAUCUGAACACAAAGCAGAAGGUUGAACCCAGCUGACGUUACUUCUUACAGGCAGAUAAAUGUAAACACACAAAGGCCCAAAUCAGAGUUUUUAAUCAAUCCUAAUUGAGCGCUUGAGACUUUGCAGUGUGAACGAAGCCAAAGUGAGGGAGCUCUACAAGAAGAGGAAGUGAGAUGCUAUUUUUACUAUCAGCGCUUUAUUUUUAACCAUCUCUCUACUCUCUGAGUGGAAAACAAGGUAACAGUUACUCCGACACGAUCCUAUUUCGAAUACGACACUAUCGUAUCUAAGAAGAACUCAUAAAGGACUGAAACUCCCUUUUUUUGUUUUGUUUUUUUUAAAGCGUCUGUGUUUACAGGGGCACACUCGGCGGAAAGAUAAGGAACUUGACACUUUAUGGACUGAAUUGUGUGCUGCUGUGAGGUUUGAAAUCGAAUACCUGUACGGGUAAUUUAAAAAAAACAGAUAAAAAGAGGUUGAUUUUCUCUCAUGUGAGGGCAAUCUGUAACUUUAUGUUUCAUAUGAAGUUGCCAUAAGAGUCUGACAGCCCUGGUGUAUGCCCCCCCUCUCUUUCCCCUCUUCCUCCACCUUCCCAGUCUUGUCACCAUGUCUGCCUUGUCCUGACUCGUGAUGGGGUCUAACCGCCCCCAAACCCCCUUCCUGCAUUUUCCAACCUGAAAUAAAAUACCGUUCUGGAAGUGUU